UUUUGCAGGAGGUGAACCGAAUGCCAGUAGUGCGUCCGAAUGUCACAUCAGUCAGAGACAGAGUCGCGGCGAUUGAGAAAAAGGAGUUGGUGGUUGUGGGAAAGGCAAUUGAGAAUACAGUAAUACGGGCAAAGUAUGAGCCAGAUGUUCGCGGGGUUAAUCGGUUUCGGCACUUUCAUACACCGAUUCCGGUGAGUGACGUCAGUCCAAACGGCUUCGGGAAAGAAACAACUGCAGCGGCAACACACCUUCCUUCUCUUGUCAAUCCGUCGCAACAGGGUCUCCAUGAAAACAAGGACGGAGGAAAUGGAAUGGAAAAAGGAGCUCGAAAAAAGAAGAAAAAUGUAUCUCUCCCACAACUCAAUCACACACCAGCACGAUCAAAACCACGGAAAGCAGACGUGGCUGCUCAGAGUUUUUAUCUAAUGGAAGACAUUUCAAAAGCCAAGACUUCAUCUGAAUCUGACAGUUCUCUGAAAAAGAGCUACUCAGGAGUUCGGCUAAAUGAUGCUUUGUCAGAGCAGCACAAGAACAAUAGUCCCAAACGGACUUUCGCCUCACUUGGUCAACGUCAGAAUGGGGUGAUAAUAAAUCGACCAAUGAAAAAUUCAUUGGAAGUCGCCCUCCCACCACGGUCAAAGUCUGCGCAAGACUUGGACGGUAGAGCAGACUCUAAAGCAGAAAUAUCACCACUUCCUACCAGCACCAGUUUCGCCCUCGAAUCAUCGCGAAGUUCUAAAGACAUGGCAACGCAAACUAGUAAAAAGCACGUUUCUACAGCAAGCGUUGAAUUUUUAAACUGUGUAAGGUCCACCCAAACCGAUUCAGUGCCGAUUGUGAUAAAUUCGAGGAGGAAGAGUGAGGUUCCACCGAGUCUACAAGAUAUUGAGGAACGUGAAGCACUGCUCGAAGUCAUUGAAGAUGCUCUUGGCGAGACAUUCGACCGCUACUCGCGCGUCCGAACCAACCAGAUAAUUGCGAAUAGCGCUCGAAAACAGGCACAAAUCUGGCGAGACGUCAAGGAUUUUCUCGGAUGUAAUUUGUUCCCGUCUGCAAUUCAAAUGGCAAACAAGAGCGCAACCAGGAGUAAAACAGCCGCCGAAAUAGUAGCCAGCAUCAAGAUGUAUCCAUGAUUACCUGUAUAACUGUAAAUAAUCAGAUUAAAAUGUUAACAUAUUGUAUUAGGGAAGGUUGUGAAUAUUUUGCAAAUGUCAGAUGUUUUGGAAAAAAAAUGUUAUUCGUAUACUGUUUAUAAAUAGAAAA